AUGACGGUCAAAUCUCUCAUGGAACUCGCAACCAUGUCUUGCAUCAAGAACAUCAAGGCUCUCGAGAGCAUCGGCGACUACCUUCCCUACGAGUCGAUGCGCCACAUCCUCCUCAAAAUCGACAAUGCAUACCAGCUGCGCCAGAUCGAAAUCAACUCGCCCCAGAUCCAGGGCGAGACGGGCGAGCUCUGGAUCAGGCUCAUAGAGAAGGACUUUCCGCUCGAGUACAAGGCGAACGCGUACAAGCCCUCCUCCCCUGACAAGUGGUAUCGCGUCUGGGAAAAGUACAAGAAGGAGCACGCCACCGCCCUCGAGGAGAGCGAGAGGAAGCUCAUGAAUGCCCUUGCCGGGCUCAAGGAGAGCAAGGAGAAGAACACGAGCAAGAUUAUCGAGCGCAAGUUUCUGCCCCGCGCUGGAAGGGUUGGUCCGAAGCGUGUCUGGGGCCAGCGUGACCACACCUCGAGCACCCUCACCUUCAACUCUGGCAGCCGCACCAAGACGCACACCGGGGCCAGCGUCAUGCGCAAGGUCCGCCGCGAAGUCAAGGAGAUUGCCAACAUACACGGCUCGCUUUCCAAGGUGAUCCGCGGGCCGACUCGCCAUGUCGAGCUCAAGAAGGCACCUGCAGCCAUGGUCAGCGACUAUCAGAGAGCCGCCCAGCCUCAGUUCAGAGGAGCCGCCAAGGCCCCCGAGCCCGUCUCUGCCGUUGAGCAGUACGAGCAGCGAGCAACUGUCAUCUCCGACUCGGAAGAGGAUGAAGACCACGACGACUUCUUUGGCGACGCUGAAAGGACGGCUCCCGCCCAGGUGGGCUCAUCGCCCACCAAAAACAUCGUCUCCGAGGCCGCCAAGGUCUCGCUCCUGAAGAAGAAGCCGGCCGCCCUCCGCGCUCAGCCCAGCACCACCACGCAGAAGCAGGACGGCUCUGGCGCUCCUGUCAAGGCUGCCAACAGAGGAGCGGCGACCAUGGCCAAUAAGUUCAGGAGAUCGACCACCAUGCCGCGAGCCGUGUCUGUCCCGUCGGCCGAUGAGGCCUCCUCGCCGCCUUCCACGAUGCCGGCUGACGAGUCCACCGAGGCGGACAGUCGCCUCGCUCCCUCCAAAACAAGCCCUGCGCCAGACAACUCGGCUGGACAAUCAUCGCCCAAGGACACAGCCGCCGCACCAUCAGAGGCUAGUCCCCCGCCCAUUCAGCGGAAACGCAAGGCCGUCGACAUCUUCAUGCGACGCAAGAAGAGAGCGGUUUGA